CAGUGUGGAAGCUAUCUUUGAUGUGCACUCAUAUUCUCGAAAUUCAAAGGCGUUUGAUUCUUCUCCAUUCGUUUGGUCUAUACGGAUUUUGGUUUUAUUAUUAUCUUUUAAUAAUUCAAUUGUACAGUAGUGAAAGAAGGAAACAUAUUCUAUUCCCAACACCAUUUGGAAAUCAGCAGAUUGUUAGAACUUUAAGAAAUGGAUUCGACGUCUCAAAUUGUGGAAAAAGUUCUUGAAACAAAAAAAGAAACGGAAGAGCUUAACGUUGAUGUGAUGGCUUCCGAAGAGAACGAUAACACACCCAAAACACCUUCGGAAUCGAACACUGACAGUGACUUAGGUAAACCUCAAAGCCAAACAAGUGAUAAAGGUGAUGCUGACUUAACAACUGGAGACAAACUCGAGUCUAAAGACGGUAGUUCAGAAAGCGAAAUUACGGCAGAUAUAGCAGUAACUCCGCCUUCAACUACUGGUACCCUAAUCGAAAAGCGGUCCUCAUCUAUUGGUUCAUUAGAUGCUGAAGAAGAAGAAGAAGAAGAAGAAGGAGAAGAAAAAGAAGAAGACUUACCUGUUAAGGCAGACACAACUAACAUUUCGGAAAUGGAUAAAGAGGAGAAUCAAAAGCUGGCUGUCAUUGAUGACAAUACUAUUAGUGUUAGCACAUCGAAUGCUAGAAAACCUUCUGUGCCACAAGAUUCAUCAAAUGCUCAAAUCAAAGGUGAAGACGAAGAAGUUCAAAGUACCGAAGAAACGGUAUUAAAAGACAGCACAGAAUCUUUGACUGGAAAAGAUCCGGUUGAAUCUACAAGCAAUUCAUCUGCACUGACUGGCGAAAGCACCAAAAGCGAAGUUGAUUUGCCUAUCGAACAUGCCAAGGAUUCAGAAGAACUAGAAAAUCGAUCAGACAGAUCAGAUGCAAACAAGGACAAGGAAUCCCAAGAAAUGGCCGACCAAUCCGAACUUUUGGAUAAAAAAACCAAGGAAAACGAACAUCCAAAAACUGAUCAGAGGAAGGAUUUUAACAACCAAAUUCUUGACAUAAUAUCGGACAUAGACAUAAAUAUAAAAGCGCAAGAAAAAAUAACUCAGCUAAAAGAGCAAGAACUGGAACUCAUAAAAAAACAAAACGAGCUGGCAAACCAAAUUCAUCAGCAACAAAUCUUAGCUCAGCAGCUAAGUGCUCAAAACAGAUUUAAACAAAGUCAACAAAGUCAAAGUGGAACCCUCGACCCACAAAGCCACCACCAAACUGAGCGCGAUUUAUCAGCCCCGAUAUUUAAUCAAAAGAAUACCGUUGUCAGAGAAACCUCAAAUGUAUCAAAGACGGUUGAUUUGCGCAAAAUAUUCACUCCUGCGACGGAUUCCAGUGAAAUUUUACCGAAAAAUCGAAAGCUUUAUGCCUCGUCUGCAUUUUAUUCUCCAUCACUACACCCUACUGUGGAAGACCAAGUUGAGCUAGCGCGAAGAAUAUCACAUUCAUUAAGUGAUAUCAGUAACCAAACCUCUAAGGGUCAGUCAAUGUAUGUCAAUCGCAAGAAUCGCUCAGACAAAUGGGUUCAUGAAGGUAGAUCUCAAGGAAAUGAGUGCACAAAUGACGCUAUAAAUCCAUGUAAAGAGAAUUCUGAAACAAAUUCCACAUUGGAAAUUAAAAAUUUGGAAAAAAUACCGCUAAAGCUCAUAAUGAACCCAAACGGAAAAGUCCGUGAUUAUAAUUCGCUCAAAGAAUUAAUUAACGUUGAAACUGGGCUUUUAUCGCCUGACAACUGCGCUGAACUAAUAACUGCACUUCAACUUCAUCAAGGACGAGGUGCCGAACUUUUUGCGAAGCGCCGCAGAAAGGCCGACAAUUGGAUAGUCGAUGAGACCCAUGCAGGCACUCAAAAUCAUCCGUCUGGUAUUCCAGAUUAUCAGCAGUAUCAUCAAAAGCCGGCAAUUUCACCAAACAUUUUGCCCGCAUAUUCUGACGCGGGUAAACAUCGAGUUCAACUGAAUAUACAUCAAAAUCAGUUGAUCGAGAAGUAUUCAAAGCCCGGACUCCAGGUCGUUCAGUCUCCUUGGGAAGCAGCUUUACAAACUGGUUCAGCAAGCUCUGCGUUUUUGGAGGAUAACAAAGGUCAAUGUUUUUCGCCAACCGUGUCACCAACUCCGUAUUUCCAUGGCGGUAAUAUCGAUUUAAGGGAUGCUGUGGAGUCUACGCAUAAUAAUGCUCAGAAUCAAUAUACAAAUGAUAAUGCUUCUUCACCGCAAUCAACCAACGUACGCUCGAACCCGCAAAGAGAUCUUGCUUAUACACCAUGCGUUGCCCAGGGCUGGGGAGGUCGUAAUGUGGAACUACCUAAAGGAUUAUAUGUUCCAAAAGAACUAUCACUUUCAAGCUAUGCAGCACCCCCAAAACAGUAUGGAGGACCCGAGCAGCCCUUCAACUUACAAAACUACGAAUCUACACGCUCUUUACCGACAGCUAACUUUAUUUCUAACGAAAAUCCAACUACUGGAAGAAAUGAAUUUCCAUUAUCAAAACCGUUAAAAUCUGGAUUUAGUACAUUACCACCAAAGCAGCAGCUUUACGCACCAACUAGCUACCAAAGAAAACCAGUUGGGUCCGAAAGCAUUGCGCCUCAGGUCAACUUUAACCCCACGCCUUUGUCUUUCGACAAAUUGGCUAGGUAUGAGCAGCAUGACAAAAAAAACUUGACUGGUCCAAACCCACAUUAUCUUAAUGUACAACAAAGUUCGUAUGUACGCAAUACUUCACCAAUACCAUUUGGAAUUGCUUCCAAUGAACAGACGUCCCGAUCUCCAAGUUCAAUUGGCUCCAUGGGUUCCCCCUACUGUCAUCUGCCAACAACUGGACCUUCUAAAUGUGGACCAUUAACGAGCAGCUCGGCUUCUCCAACGUUGAACCAGGGUCAAACCUUUAACAAAUGUGCCAGAGGCUGGGGAGCAACCCAAAACAACCAACAGCCCUAUCAAAGUACAUACUCCUUACCAGUAGCUGGAAACUUACCAUACUCUGACUUUUAGAGGAUGUUAAAAACUUUAACGAUUUGCGACAUAUUUACAUAAAAUUGUAACAAUAAUAAUA